AACAAAUCAGACGAAAAAGUCCGCCGUCGGAGAAAUCAUUCACGACACCCGUCGCAUCCUGACCCGCCGUAGCCACCCAAGCAUCACCAAAGUCGCAUCUCGAACCUGGUUUUUCACCAUCCACGUCAACCACCACCCAGCGAACCCACACCGAAACGUCGCGUCCCAGAGCUCCCAUCUUCACGCCAACCAUCACACGACCUUUCGAUCGCACACGAAAUCAUUCAUAAUGGACCACACCCGCGAUCCCUGCCCCUGGGUCAUCCUCAAUGACUUUGGCGGUGCUUUUGCUAUGGGAGCCAUCGGUGGAACGGUAUGGCACGGUAUCAAGGGUUACCGCAACUCGCCCUAUGGUGAGAGAAGAAUCGGUGCCAUCUCAGCCAUCAAGAUGCGUGCUCCCGUACUGGGAGGAAACUUUGGAGUUUGGGGAGGUCUUUUCUCAACAUUCGACUGCUCCGUAAAAAGUCUUCGUGGACACAAGGAGGACCCUUGGAACAGUAUCGCAGCUGGUUUCCUCACAGGUGGUGCGCUAGCCAUCCGUGGAGGAUACAAGGCCGCCCGAAAUGGCGCCAUUGGUUGCGCGCUGCUCCUUGCCGUCAUCGAGGGUGUCGGUAUUGGUUUCCAGAAGAUGUUCGCGGGUAGCACAAAGCUGGAGAUGCCCGCGCCUCCUCCUUCCGACGAGAGGGCUCUUGCAUAAACGAUCGACCCUUC